CAGAUUUCCUAUCUGGGGACUUGUGGUAGACUUGUAAUAGAUCGUAGUAGACUUGUAGUAGACCGAACACAACUGCACACGGAGCAGAUCAGAAAACCAGGAAAACAGACUUUGUUGAGUCCGAUGCAACCUGAGCUCCCAAGGGUUUCACUGUCUGCAACAUGGAGAAAAGGACGUGGUUGUCUUUCUGUUUUUGAUCUCUUUCCCGCUCACGUAGAACCGAGGCAUACUCCCUCUCGUAGGCAUGCUGAGUUUAUGCGUGACACCUGCCUUUGGAAAUUUGACCUUAUAUGGAGAGAUGAGUGAAACGGCAGAGCAUAUUGUACAUUCAUUCCUUCAGUGGAAAUCUGUAAAAUCCGUAGAGCGAUACCUCCCCCUAUGGGCCUUGCGCAGUCUCUCUUAGCCUUUUCCCAGUUUUUCCCUACUACCUCCCCUGCCUCUGUUUGAACGGAGAAGUGGUUUUAUUUUUAAUUUUUAAUCAAACCUGCAAGGUCAUUAACUCUGCAACCCAACAAGACAGACACAGAGGAUAAUUAGAACUGCAGAAAAAAACAGUGGCUACCAACCUGCCUUCCACUGAGGACCUGUAUACUGCACGAGUCAAAAAGAGGGCUGUGAAAAUAUUUACAGAUCCUCACAUCCUGGACAUAAAUUGCUUCAACUCCUAUCCUCAAAACGACGCUACAGAGCACUGCACACCAGAAUAGCUAGACACAAGAACAGUUUUUUCCUGAAUGCCAACACUCUGCUAAACAAUGAUUUCCUCAACACUGUCAAACUAGUUACUAAAUCUGCACUACUAUUAUUCUUCUCAUCAUUCCCAUCACCCAUCUCCUCCCACUUAUGACUGCAUGACUGUAACUUUAUUACUUGUAUCCUUACAAUUUAUAUUGAUAUUGUUUCCUGAUUGCUUCUUUGUACCCUAUGACUAUCAUUAAGUGUUGUACCUUAUGAUUCUUGAUGAACGUAUCCUUUCUUUUAUGUACACUGAGAGCGUAUGCACCAAAGACAAAUUCCUUGUGUCUCCAAUCACACUUGGCCAGUAAAAAAAAAAAAAUCUAUUCUAUUCUAUUCUAAAGAAGAGCCGAGUCAGGAAUUUUAGCAUAAUGUCUUUCUUAGCGUUCCCUUGCAAACCCAACCAUUUUAUUUUAUUUAUUUUUUUCAAGUUUUCUAUCUUUAUUUUUUUUAUAUAAAAAUAUCAAAUCGAUGCAUGAACAGUGCGGCACCUGGGCGCCAUACAUUCCAGUACAAACAAAACUGAUCAGAUUAAACAUUAUUAUUACAUUCAAUCCACUUAUGAAAUUCCCAUAACAAUACACAUCUAUAUUAGGUUACAGUCAUUCAUUAUUCAAUUAUUCCACCUCUUUUUCAUUAUUACUUUCAUUUUAUCGAAUAAAAAUGUAAUACAUUAAUAUACCCUUUAUUUCUAUCUCUUACUCUAGCUUUUAAUUGUUAUCACCCUUUAUUAAAAAGCUUUUUCUUUCUUUCCUAACUUCUAAUCAUGUCACCUGCCUACAAAAAGAGGUGGGGGGGAGAAAAAGGAUAGAAAGGGGAGAUAUGGAAAGACAAUUCAAUACAGCAACCAGGAAAAAGAAUCAUCCAACUAUCAUAUCUUGCCUGCUUUGUACUUUUAGUUGCUAUUCUUUAAAAGAAAGAGAGGUAAAAGGAAAAGCAAGUCAGAACAACAUUAGAGAAAGAAAAAAGAGAAAUCAUCUAUCCAUCUUCUCUUGCCCGCUUCAAUACUUCAAUAGCUAUAAAGCCAUGUCUCCGUGCAAGAUCAUGAAGUGCAACUCUGAAUUUUUGGCCGCAACCUCGGGGACCCAGCCCCCGGCCGCUGAGGAUGCUCCUGAGUUCUGCACUGCCCUGCGCGCCUACGCCCUCUGCACCCACCACACGGCUCGCACCUGCCGGGGAGAUCUUUUCUACCACUCUGCAGUCCACGGCAUCGAUGAUCUCAUGACCCAACACAACUGCUCCAAAGAUGGCCCCACCUCUCAGCCUCGCCUCCCUCCGCUGCCCCGGGGCGACAGCCAGGAGCGCUCGGACAGCCCCGAGAGCUGCCAUUAUGAACGUAGCUUCCACAAACACUCCUUGCACCCCAACUACACCCACUGUGGGUUGUUUGGAGACCCCCACCUGCGGACGUUUUCGGACAGCUUCCAGACAUGCAAAAUCCAAGGGGCCUGGCCGCUCAUUGACAACAAUUACCUGAAUGUGCAAGUCACCAAUACUCCUGUCUUGCCUGGCUCCCUGGCAACGGCCACCACCAAGCUCACUAUCAUUUUCAAGAGCUUCCAGGAAUGCGUGGAUCAAAAGGUGUACCAGGCAGAGAUGGAUGAACUCCCAGCAGCCUUUGCUGACGGCUCGAAGAACGGCGGUGACAAGCAUGGGGCCAACAGUCUGAAGAUCACCGAGAAGGUCUCUGGCCAACACAUUGAGAUCCAGGCCAAAUACAUUGGCACCACCAUCGUAGUGAGACAAGUCGGUCGCUACCUCACUUUUGCCGUCCGGAUGCCAGAGGAGGUCGUGAAAGCUGUGGAGGACGGAGACAACCAGGGCCUCUAUCUUUGCCUCCGGGGUUGUCCACUCAACCAGCAGCUAGACUUCCACGCCUUCCCUUCCACCCCAAAGGCUACUGAAAACCGCCCUCACCAGAAAGGCUCAAACCCGUCUUCUUCACCCGAGGUCUUCACCUAUGACUCAGCCACAGCCAAAUGCAAAGAGAAGCUUCCGGUUGAGGAUUUGUACUUCCAGUCCUGUGUCUUUGAUCUCUUGACAACCGGCGAUGUCAACUUCACCCUCGCUGCUUAUUAUGCUUUUGAAGAUGUCAAGAUGCUCCACUCCAACAAAGACAAGCUUCACCUGUUUGAAAGGACACGAGACUUGGAGUCAGGCGAUAGGGCCACCUCCGAGCUUUCCGUGGCUCUGUUUCUUUUGCUCUUGGCAUUCCUAGGCUUGAAUCAAAGUCCAUCCCUUUUCUUGUAGACUGGCCUAGGCACGUUUGGUGGAGCUGGGACACUGAGGAACACUGUUACGGUUUGGGGCAGGUGUGAAACCGAAGCAACCGGGGAUUGCGUUGACCAAGGUCAUGCCUAGAAAACAUGACUUUGGAUCUUCCUGUCAACAUCUUCCUGUCAACAGAGGCUUCCUCUAUGUGGGAGGGUUGUCAAGGGCCACAUGAACCACCUUUCCUCUUCCUCCAGUUGCUACACAUGAUGGAGAGUUCUUCCUUCUUACUUUUCCUGAAUGCCCUUUUUCACUGACAAUGGCAUUUGUAUAAUAGUGUUUGGAGAGGCAACCGAAACUGUUGCUUCUGGACUGGGCAUAUAGUGGCUUGGAGAUGACAGAAGACUGUUGAAAGAGUCCCUAAGUGGGCCAGACACGGGCAGAGUCCCACGGCCUUGGGGUGGGUGGUGUCUGUUUUUGCAUCCUGCUCAUGAAAAAUGGGUUCGUGUGGUUGCAUCCUUGUGCAUGGGAGCCUGCUAGUGCACACUUAUCUCCAGUUCGGCUUGGGCAGCUGCUGGCAGCUGCUCUUGGGUGGGGUGGGUGUAUCAGUGGUCUUUCCCUCCACUUUCAGAGGAAUGGUGCCUAGGAACCAAUCUGCAAGGUUUUGAUUAUCCCUUUGCCUCCCCUGGGCAGACACCACCCCUACAAACUCAUUUCCUUCCUCGCUCGCUCCAUUUUGGCCUCCUUCGUAGAAAAUGGCUUCCUUUCGCUUCAGCGGAGAAUGAACUGGGGAGGAGUGGGAGGGUUGACCUGGUUUCAUGGGCAAUGUGAGCAGAUUGUGUUUCUUUCCAACUCUUGGGUGUGGUUCGAGAACCACAAUGCUUGUCCUGUUUUCAAACUCGCUGUCCACUCCUGUUCUGGUACUUAGGAAAAUAAGCUAGGGAACUAGGCCAGUAUAACUCCAGUCCGUGCCACCUCUAGGUGCAAAUCUUCUGGUUGACAUCAUCCUCAAGUCUUUCAUUUUGGAAAACAAACCAAGCCAAUCCGUAGGAGAGCUGGGACAUCUUUUUCAGUGGUGUCGGUUUUCAGACCGCAGUUGCACCUUCUUCCCCAAUGACUUCUUCCUUCCUGCUUCUGCAGUGGGCAUGAUGAGCAGUUCCACUCACUCCCCCUGCUGAGAAGGCUGCCUGCUGAGUUGGUGGCAUUACUGUACCAUUCGGGUCUUGUAUUAUAGAAGAGAAUUCUUUAUUGGCCAAGUGUGAUUGAACACACAAGGGAUUUGUCUCUGGUGCAUAAACUCAUAUUACAUACAAACGAUAAGUUAUGGGUCAUACAUCAUAAAUCAAUUAUCAUCAGGAAGCUCACUCCAAAUUGACCAGCAAUUAUGCCAAAAAAAUUGGGCUCUGUGUUUCCCAGAAGAUGGGAAGGCCUCAUAUACAAUGCCAUUGUUUUAUUUGAGGGAUGAAGGCGGAGAUUGAAGGUCUGCCUCCGUAUUCUGUAAAAACCCUUUGAGAAGAUGCACCUUCUGUAGGUCCAUUAUACAACACCUGAGCUAAGGAAUUUCUGAAACAUUAUGUUGGGUUUAGAUCCAGGUGCCAGGUGAGAAGUCUCCCAUCCUAAAACUUAUCCUGAUUCCUUUUUAUGUUGAAUACACCAUAGUGGGUAUAUCCCCAUUCUUGGGAAGGGGACAUAUUGUGUGGUGUGUUUGCUGUGUAUAUUGACAACAUGCAAGUUUUAGAGAAACCUUUGAGAGUGAGCUCAGUCUGCUCCUAAAUUGUGGGCCCUGUCUGACCAUCACAACACCAGAAGGGCAUCCAGAUAUACACAAAGCCUUGUUUUUGUAUUCUUCAAGCAUGAACAUCCGUCUGGUCAUCUGCCAGCUCAUAUUUUAUCUUCUUUGAAUGUGCAAUAAGUUGAACACAUACUAAAUCUUACACAUGGUCGUUUUGCCAAGUGAGCAAAGAGAUGGGAUUCCCUGCUUCCUUCCUAAAAAAUUUAAAGAAAUACUUGUUAUUACUUAUCUGC